AAACCUCCUCUCCUCCCAUUUUUUGUGUGUUGUGUGGUGUGGCUUGCUCGCGGCCAUGGCGGUUGCCGGCUCGCUGCUGUGCACGCGAUUGCUCCUGGUGAGGCGGAGGCGGAUGUGCGCCAGGGCAAGCGAUGCGAGCGAGGCGAUUGAAAGGGCCCCGGUGGACAAGAGCCUGGCAGCGCCGCCGCCCAGGACGAAGGAUCCCCUGCUCACCAUGACCAACUUCAAGAAGGUGCUGGCCAGCAAAGGGCCGAUUACAGACGUGGACCACUAUGCACGCCUCCAAGUCCCGUGGCAAGCACCCACGUCUCAGAUUGCUGCUGCUUUCAAGGAGCGAGUGGACGAAGUGAUGGCUCUCAAGGAAGACGGCUGGAGCGACGAUGCAAUUCGCGAUCAGCUGCAACAGCUCCAGCAAUCCUUUGACGUAUUAACCUCGGAGCGGCAGCGGAGGCUGUAUGACUGGAGCAUUCUCCAGGAGAAGAACAAGAACAAACGCUACGUCUGGCCUUACGAGGCGGACAUCACCCAGAAGUACAGCCUCCCGGAUCCACCCGUGGUAUGCCAGCGUCCUGACUUUCCCGCCAGCUCUUUACAAAUCGUGCAAUGCAGGACGAGGAGGACAUGGAUGCAAUCAGAAAGGUGGGCUACUUCUUCCUGGGAUGGUUCGUCCUUUCCAUCUUCCUUGGUGUCUUUCUCCACUAGCUACGAAUCGUGUAAUCUUGUGUAUUAUCUAUCUCGCCUCGACAUUAUGGUGCUCGCGUCAAUACCUGGACACCGUCCCCUGUGACGAGCAGGGUGUGCUCGAACUGC